AUGGCAACUAGCUCCUCAAGAGUCCUUCAUACGGGAUUUCAAGUUUCAAAUGUAGAGCACCUAACCAUAAGAGUAAUUCCAGACCCGCUUGAAGGUUCACAUCUCGCAAUUCCCAAAAACCGUCACAAGCCUACCAGCCAGAGUCCGAGAUAUGUGUUCGCCCACGUUGUCCAGGGAAAUUUUCAAUUCUAUGAAGCCGAAGAUUGGUCCUCAGACAUGAGAUUGGCGCAACAAAUGGGCAUAGACGCCUUUGCGAUUAAUAUCGGCCAAGACAUAACCAACGCAAAACAAUUGCCUUUGAUUUUCGAGAUUGCGGAACAGAACUCGUUUCAGGUUUUCCUAUCUUUUGAUAUGGUCUAUUAUGGCCAAUCUGGUUCUUCAAAUGAUAUCAUUCGACUCAUCGAAACCUACGCCACCAGAAAGGCUCAAUUCAUCUACGAAGACAAGCCUUUGGUCUCAACCUUUUCGGGAGAAGUACCAGGAACCUUUUUGGAUAACAACCCAGACUACGAUUCGGCUUGGAACUCCUUGAAAGAAAAGCUAACUUUCCCUAUUUACUUUUUGCCAUGCUGGACAGGUGUUGACCCCAAGACGGUGUCUUCGAUUGAUGGCAUGCUGUCAUGGGAUGCCUGGUGUCCCGUCUCUUCGUCUCAAGAUCACAGGUACAGGGAUAACUUGGCUGCUGUCGGCAAACAAUAUGCUUCUCCACUCAGCGCAAUGUUCUACAAACACCUUUCAGACAGUAAUUAUGGCAACUAUCUCUAUCCAACGGAUUCGUGGUUUCUGGUGGAAAAGUUCAUCCAUUUAUUAUCCCUGAAACCGGACUUUAUCGAAAUUCUAAGCUGGAAUGAUUAUGGAGAGUCGCACUACCUUCGAGAUCCCAGGCCAGCAGCCAAUCUACCAGUGGAUAGUACUUCAUCGAAAAAAUAUGUCAAUCAUAUGCCUCAUGAGCCACUCUUGGAUUUGAUAUCAUAUUUCAACGUGUGGUACAAGUCAGGGUGUCGUCCGCUCAUCCAGAGAUCAAGGGCUUAUGUCUGGUACCGACCUCAUCCAAGGAGUGCGCAUUCCAAGACAGAUUCACUGCCGUCUCCCGCUGGGGCCAAUGCGACAGAAGAUAGAAUGUACAUCGUGCUAUUGGUUUCCUCCGGCAAGAAACUUCAAUACAUCAAAAUAGAAACGGGAGAUAGAUCUCACUUUGCCGAUCUGGAAGAAUAUGAGACGUGCAACUCAAAGGAUGUUAUUCUCCUAAUCUCAAUUCCUUUCCAAGUUGGUAGAAAUCAAAAAGUUAAGGUUUACAAUCAGGAGAAAACUCUCCUGGGCUGUUUGAAUGGUUGUGAAAUUACUUCUGAACCUGAAGUAUACAAUUUUAACUAUUGGUCUGGUGUCAUAGAGUUCUGA